GUUAAUAAUAGCACACAGGACACAGCUAUUCAAUUACGAGUAUAAUUUCCGUACAUGUAUUCGUACGCGAUAUCGCUAUGGCUGAAAUAUUGAUUUGUGUGUUAUAUUUGGCUAUCCGCUAUGGCUCUGUACUCGCGGUACCGAACAUUACAUGUACAACUAAUCAACUGAAGGUGACAUGCAACGACAACUGCUGCUGGGAGGACGUACACAGAUACAUAUACUGCUGUAUUAAAGACACGGUCACGACGACCGAGGCGGUGGCUUACUCGGGGGUUGCAGUAGUCAGCUUCGUCUUCCUCGUCCUGCUUCUGAGCACCAUAGUCUACUUCACCUGCUGGACACGACUGAAAUCUAAACCUCUCGAUGAUGGUAAUUACCCAAUGAAGACGUUUAUCCCGACACAUGGGUUCGGUCUUGAACCGCAGCCACGACCGCAAACUCGAUACACCACAUCCUACGACGAAGUCAACCUGUAUUCACAACCGGGGACUGGUGCGACUGGAUAUACUUCACGGGCGAGUAUGGCGGAUUAGACUGUUGCGUUGACGGAAAUAACCGAGGAACAGUUCGAAUAUAUAUCGAAUUUGACAAUUCAAAGUUUUGUUAUUUUACAAACUAUCAGCGUUAAGAAUGCGUUUGUUGACACUAAACAUGAAAGCAGAUACACUGAAUUUUCGAAGAGGAUGAUGUUUCCUCAUCAUGAAAUUAGAUAGCACAAGUAAAUUAAUUUAUUGAGUUAAGCACAUUUAUGAAUGAGAGCAUAUCAUGAUUUACACCAUGAGCCUCGCUCUAGGAAUACCGGACUUAAUGCAUGUACAACGCUUGGGCUAUUCAAGGAUGACAUUGAAAACUUUACUGGUAUUUUCCGCUGACAUGUAGUCAUCCUCUUAUCGAAAAUCCAGUUAUUACGGAACGAGUCGUCCAUGUUUAGCCUGUACGGACUGCACAGUCUAAUUGUAGCCAACACUUUACGCACAUGUAUUAAACCCCAUUUUCCCAGAGCGCGGCUAACCAUUAACUUCGAUGUAUUUCGUUUUUGAGUGUAAGGCUGUUAGUGGUAAUAUGUGCAUAAACAUGAAUGAAUUUUAACCGUAACGUAGCAAUUUAUAAUAUAUUCACGCAUGUUCAUGUUCUGUUAACCGACCUAUCUGAUGUAUGUUGCUAAUAUGUACUAAUAUAGAUAUUGUGUCUUCAAUAGUUGAAUUCUAUUAGUAACAAUCAAUUGUCAACGUUAGCAAGCAUGCCUGCAAAAUCUGCGAUGUGUGUGCAUAUGUACAGUAACUGUGUUGUUCACGUACCAAAUGCAGAUAACUCGAAUACUCAAAUACCUUAUUGACACAUUUGCAUAUGUUAUUGAUUUGGGUUUGGGGAUUGCAUAUCAAAUCCAUAGCUCUGUUUAAUCCAUUGUAUUGGCGCUGACCAAUCCAAUAUUUGUAUAUGGGAUCCAUCAGAUCCUAAAAGUAUUGACCUUAAACUUGGAAUACAACAAAUGUUUUCCAUAAUUUAAAAGACAUUAUAAAUGUAUCGAAAAAAGUUGGAAUUGUAA